UGAACUACGCUGAGUGAUGACGUCUCCUCAUUGGGCGGAAGGUUCGGUGGCAGUCGUCGGUAUUCCAGCUGGUGGGAGUUGGCUUAAGGGUGCUGGGCUCUGGGCCCCUAGUUUAUGUAGCUGGGAAGUUGGACUGCGUGGUCGUCCCUGUCCUUCUGCUUCCAGUGUUCCUGGGUUUCCUUCUGCGGCGUGGGGCCUCGCCAAGGACUCGCCGGCCCUGUGGGGCCACGGCUAGAGCGGUGCCUUUUGCGAGUUCUCACAAGUACAUCUUAAAACCUUCAAGAUGGUUCUAGCAGAUCUUGGAAGAAAAAUAACAUCAGCAUUACGCUCACUGAGCAAUGCCACCAUUAUCAAUGAAGAGGUACUAAAUGCUAUGCUGAAAGAAGUGUGUACAGCACUAUUGGAAGCAGAUGUUAAUAUUAAACUAGUGAAGCAACUGAGAGAAAAUGUUAAGUCUGCGAUUGAUCUUGAGGAGAUGGCAUCCGGUCUGAACAAAAGGAAGAUGAUUCAGCAUGCUGUGUUUAAAGAACUCGUAAAGCUUGUAGACCCUGGAGUUAAAGCAUGGACACCGACUAAGGGAAAGCAAAAUGUGAUCAUGUUUGUUGGAUUGCAAGGGAGUGGUAAAACAACAACGUGUUCAAAGUUAGCAUAUUUUUACCAGAGGAAAGGUUGGAAGACCUGUUUGAUAUGUGCAGAUACAUUCAGAGCAGGAGCUUUUGACCAGCUUAAACAGAACGCCACCAAAGCAAGAAUUCCGUUCUAUGGAAGCUAUACCGAAAUGGAUCCUGUCAUCAUUGCUUCUGAAGGAGUGGAGAAAUUCAAAAAUGAAAAUUUUGAAAUUAUUAUUGUUGAUACAAGUGGUCGUCACAAACAAGAAGACUCCUUGUUUGAAGAAAUGCUUCAAGUUUCUAACGCUAUACAACCCGAUAACAUUGUUUAUGUGAUGGACGCAUCCAUUGGACAGGCUUGUGAGGCCCAGGCAAAGGCCUUCAAAGAUAAAGUCGAUGUAGCUUCAGUAAUAGUGACGAAACUUGACGGUCAUGCAAAAGGAGGUGGUGCUCUCAGUGCAGUUGCUGCCACAAAGAGUCCAAUUAUUUUCAUUGGUACAGGAGAACAUAUAGAUGACUUUGAACCUUUCAAAACACAACCUUUCAUCAGUAAACUUCUUGGAAUGGGUGACAUUGAAGGACUGAUUGAUAAAGUCAAUGAGUUGAAGUUGGAUGAUAACGAGGCACUUAUAGAGAAGCUGAAGCACGGUCAGUUUACAUUGCGAGACAUGUAUGAACAGUUUCAGAAUAUUAUGAAAAUGGGCCCAUUCAGUCAGAUCUUGGGGAUGAUUCCUGGUUUUGGCACAGAUUUUAUGAGCAAAGGAAAUGAGCAGGAGUCAAUGGCAAGGCUAAAGAAGCUGAUGACGAUAAUGGACAGUAUGAAUGAUCAAGAACUGGACAGUACAGAUGGUGCCAAGGUUUUUAGUAAGCAACCAGGCAGAAUCCAAAGAGUUGCCCGGGGAUCAGGUGUGUCAACAAGAGAUGUGCAAGAACUACUGACACAGUAUACCAAGUUUGCCCAGAUGGUCAAAAAGAUGGGAGGUAUCAAAGGACUUUUCAAAGGUGGUGAUAUGUCAAAGAAUGUGAGUCAGUCACAGAUGGCAAAAUUAAAUCAACAAAUGGCCAAAAUGAUGGACCCACGAGUUCUUCAUCACAUGGUGUGUGACUUUCUUGGAGAGAAGAUUGCUUCAGUUUUGGGCAUCAGCACCCCAAAAUACCAGUAUGCCAUUGAUGAGUAUUACCGGAUGAAGAAGGAGGAAGAGGAGGAAGAAGAAGAAAACAGGAUGUCAGAGGAAGCAGAAAGACAAUACCAACAAAACAAGCAGCAGGCUGAUUCCAUCGUACAGACAGAUCAACCAGAGACAGUAGUGUCCAGUUCAUUUGUGAACAUUAAUUUUGAGAUGGAGGAAGACUGCGAAGCAAUUAAGGAAAACAAACAACAUCCCGUCUCUGUCCCACCAUAGGACGAAAUGACUGUACAUAAAGUGUUAAACCCUAAACUCCAAUCAGGAACUUUUUAUGUUUUUAGUGGGACGUAAACCAACUAUUUAUAUUUUAAAUUAUGAAGGGUAUGAAGGGUAUCUGUCUUCAUUCUUAUGCUGCAUCUGUUACAGUCAGAUCUGACGUUGGGAUGUUUUUGAGUUAAACUAGUGACCCCUGCUUCCCUACCCCUGGAGCAAACCCAGGGCUUCUUUCAUAUACACUCAAUAGCCUAGCGCUCUAUCAUCGGCCCAGUGCGUUGUGUUUUAAGACCACCUUUUAUAAAACACAGGAUGUUUAGCCAAGCAUGGUGACACAGCCUUUAGCCCCAGCACUCGAGAGGCAGAGGCAGAGGGUCUCCGUGAGUUUGCCAGCCUGGUCUACACUGUGAGCUCCAGCCCAGCCGCAUGGUGACACCUGGUCUAACAACAGCAAAAACUGAAGGCGUCCUACAUUCAGACGAGAGUUGAAUAAUUCACUAAGAUUUUUGGCUUGGGGGCAUUUGUUUUUUAAAGGUUAAGUAUUGAUUAAUCAUUAAUAACUAACAGAUUCAGUAUAAAGUACCCCUAGAUUUUAUACGAGGAGGGCUCAGAAUGUGUAAUGAAAGGAGCAAGAUGGCAGCAUGGGUCCCCUUUUGUUGGGAAUGUUAUAUGGAAAGGUUGGGUCUCCAUGCUCUCGGUAAGCCAUCCUGGUGUUUUUCAGUAGUCACUGAACGGACGUGCUCUGAUCACAAAUCAACACUAGUUCUUGAGUGGGUCUGUAGUUGUGGUCACGCGUUGACACCUUGUCAUUACCCACAUGGCAUCUUGGACGUGUCAGUUACUCAGCCUCUAUGGAUCACAGGCAGAGUAACCAACGGGCGUAAGCAAUGGAGAACAGUUUAUUCACCAUUUUGAAGUAGCAGUCCUAAGUCAGACAGCUGAUGUGAUGGUUUGGCCAUCUCCCUCCUUACUAGAUUAUUCUUUUACAAAUUAUAUAUGAACCUACUUUUAAGAAAUAUUCCUGAAUAUGUGUUCAGAACCUUGUAUCUGUACAACUCUGAUUUAUAGCCAAAAGUAGAUAAAGAAAAAUGUUGGCAGUGUUGUAGAAAUCCUCAUCAUUUAGGCCUUCUCAUAGCUUUAAAAGGCUUUAGAAAUGAAUGGUUAUAAACCAUGACCCUUCCCAUCUUAAAUGUGCACAGUUAACACGGCUAAGCGAACACACUGUAGAGACCUGCCAGUGGGCCUCAGCAAAUUCACCUCAAAGGUGACUUUCUGACUGAAUAAAAGUUUCAGUUGGGCUGACAUUUGUAAGGCUCAGCAAGUAUGGAGUCGUCCUGAGUUAGGAGCUGAUAAGCACCUUCAUGGGUAUAAACAUGGGACUUAGUCCUUAGGAUUUAUCUUUCCACUGUGUGAUUAAUGUCACUCUCAGUUACAGUUUACUAACACUCUGCCUCAGUUGAUAGCUGCUAAAAUAUGUUGGCCUGACUUCCUGCUCUUGACUUGUUUUUAACUUCUGAGACAGAGCUGCCACACAGACACUCGGUUAUGAGGUGAAGGUGGUCUGCAGUUGACCGAGGCCUUCUCCCCUGAAGGUCAGCAUCUCAGAGCUAUGCUCAGGCCUGUGAUCACUGCAAGAGGGUGGCACCCUGCACGGCCUGCGCUUCCUGCAUUGACCUUUUUGUUGCUUGUUUGGCACUGGCUGGUGAGUGGUUUAGUUUUUUCACUGUGCCUUACAUUUUUAUACUUUAUUAAGGUUUAUGUAAGCUAUAAAAAUUAACGAGUUAAUCGUUGUUUCAUUUUAAGCCUCCCUCACCUCUUCCUAUUCCUUAGAAUUAUUCCUAAUAAUUCCCUACAAGAAUUAUUUUUUCCUCCGGACCACAGUUCAUGACAUCCUAUUUUCUUCUGAUCUCACUUUUUAUAAACACUGACCACAGCCAGGAGUGGUAGUGUACUUUUGUACUCCCAGCACUAGGGAGGCUGAGGCAGGAGGAUCAUGAGUUGGAGGCUGGCCUAGACUACAUAUCAAGACCCUUAACAACAAACAAAAAGACAUAAAUACAUGAGUUAGUAUGCUGAAUUAGUAAAUUCUCUAGCAAAACCUUUAACAAAGUUAGUUUUGUAAAUGGUUAAUAAACCUAGACAAAAUCUCAUACAAUCUGAUGAGUUUAAUGAAACAAAAUAUUUGUUUGAAUACUUUCUUUGGAAAUACCAUAUUUAAAAAAAACUUUGGAGGGCAAGAUGACUCUGGGUACAAGUGCUUGAUGGGAAGCCUGAGAACCUGAAUUUGAUCUCCAGAACCCAUGCAGGGAAAGGAAAGAAUCACAAUGUCUACUGACCUCCAUGUGUGCUCUGGUGUACACACACAAGAAAUACAUCAAAAUUUAAAAAAAUAAUAAAAGGCAUAGUGGCACUCACCUUUAACCUCAGCACUUGGGAGGCAGAGGCAGAUGUCUCUUUUUAAGUUCAAGAUUAAAGGCCAAGUGGGUCCACAUAGCAAGUUCUAGGCCAGUGAGGGCUACACAGUGAGACCAUGUCUCAAAACAAACAAACCAAAACAACAAAAGUCACAUCGAAAGCUUCUGAAUCCAGAAAUGAGGUAGUGCUACUCUGAUGAGAAGUCUACCGUCCCGAUGUUUGAAGGAACAAACAGUGUAAUGCUAAACGAAUAAACUCAACGGCUAACUACAGCAAAUCUAACUUUCCAUUUCUCAGCUAAACAGAACUAGAACUUACACCAUAACAAAAAAAAAAAAAAAAAAAAUAGUUGGUCCUAUUACUUUCAAAUCGUUCCACCUGCAACCAAAACUCUAGUAAGCCAGAUACCUGCUGUGGUGUACAGGCAUGUGAUGAGUUUUAUUUAUGUUUCUAGGGGUUCUGCUUCCAGGGUUUUGCAUGCAGCAUUCAGGCAUCCUCAUGAAGGAAGUUUAUUCUUGCAGAGAUCAGGUAUCAUCAAGAUCUGCAGAGUUCUCAUUGUCAUUUGCAACAAGGGCUUCUCUGUUUUCGUAGGUCCAGAAGCCAUUGAGAUCAAUUAGAAUGGUAGUGACUGUGUCUCCUUGAUUACUAUUGAUUAAAUCCUGAAGUGAGAUUUUCAAAGGAUCCUUAGGUUUGACCAUGUCAAAGAUUUCAUCCUGUAAGAGAAAAAAAUUAUGAAAGCUGGUUGAAGUAAUUUCUGUCAUACAGUGAUGUAAAAAUCAGGGUGGACAUUCGAAAUAUUGUACAAAGUUUUAUUCCAGUUUCUUCUUUUCCACCUGAUAGGUAUCUCUAACCACAGAAUUUUCUUGGGAAAUUCUUUAGCUGAAUGACUAUCUCUUAUUUUGUAGAUGAAGGAAAUAGGCUCAGUUUAAUCUACGCUCAUAGCUAAUAAAGGACAGAGCUAUCUAAUACAGUAUUCUCUGAAUGCAUCUAACUAGUUGUUAUGGUUUUGACUGCCAUGUAGGGGUAAAGCAGUCUUGACUGCUGGGAAUCAAACCCAAGACAUCCAGUCUCAUGCCAGGCAAGCACUCUGCCACUAAGUGUCACCAUACCUUUUAAGUAAGAGCUCAGCUAAGUAAUAAAAUCUCAAGUGGCUUAGAGACACUGACAAAGUUUUGUUUCCAGUAAUAGUGCCUUUUACUCUCUUCUCAGGAUGGGAGAAAUGGAACUCCAUAUUAAACAAUCAGUCAUCCACAAUAAUGAAACUGUUCCAAGAUUUAACUAGAAUUCAGGAAAGAACCUCUUCUAUGUUAUCACUUACACAAUAUAAAUACUGCAAUGCAUUAGCCCGUGUUUUCUAAUCUUUUGUAGUAAAAUUACUCUAAAACUUUUAAUAGCAUUUAAAGAAGCAAUUGCAUUUUUUAAAAAAUUUAGAGUAACUCAGGCUUAUAAAAUAUAAACUUUUAAAGUGUAUAUUCUUUCCCAGAUUGGUUAAAGAUUAACGUUCUUAAAUUCCUGUGACAAAGCUUGAAAUUCCCCCAUUUGUGUAUAUCAAAAUAGCCCUUCAGGCUUGUUCUUGGUUAAAACUGGUCAGGGUCUUUUAUUACGUUAGUCAACGUGAACCAAAAAGGUCCUACUGGGUGACUUUUCCUAACUGGUGAAACUGCUGACUAAGUGCUCUGCAUUCAAAUGAUGACAGUUCUCUAGAUCUCUGUGCGCAUGCGCAUGCUCGAGUGUGCGCGCUCAUGGGUAUGCGUGCCAGUGCACAGAGAGGCCAAUGGAGGGCAUACAAUCCCCUAGAGCUGGAGUUACAGAUGGUUGUGAGCAGCCCACAUAUAUACCCUGCAUGAGUGCUGGGAAUUAAAUGCAGUCUCUGAUACUUUUACCUGCCUUGCCAUCUUUCUGGCCUUAAAUAUGAUGAUUUUCAUACUGAAAGAUGAUUGUCUCUUUGAAUUUAAUAGAUCAAGUUAUGCAGGCUCUUUCAGGCAGCAUACUAAAAAGGGGCGUGAAUCGAAAGUCUUCCAGUUGAAUGUUGGGGUUACAGUGAAAAGGACUGCUGCUAAAGGAUGCAAGCUAACUGACAUUUUUCAAAUAAAAUGAAUGUUUUCAUGAGAAGACAAGAUUGAUAAUGACAUCAUCUUCAUCAAUCAGUAAGUCCAAAUUUGUCUCCAUUUCUGAUGAUUUAAGUCACAGUUCAGAACAAGUAACAGCAAAAACUUGAUUUGGAAUGGUGUUUCAUACUUCAUAAGUCACUGCCAUACAAACUUGGAUACAGCAUUAUUUACUACUACUGUGGCUAUAUUAUCUGACGAUAUUAUAUAGGUAAAUAAAAGGGCAAUAACCUUGACAUCUUGAAAUGAAACAGGAUCCUGUCCAUGGAUUUUCAUUAGUUCUUGUAUGGCCUGUAUUCAAUGGAAAUAAAUCUGUAAAUAAAAAAUUAAAUUCACAAAGCCCAUAA